AUGAGUCCCCGGAUUUCCUCGUGUCCCAUUUGCGGAUGGAGGAUUCUCGCCGGUUUUUUGAUCGAACGCUGUCUCAUGUUUAUCUCUGUUCCCACAGUUUAUUCGGGCCCCGAGGGCUACGUCCUCACCGGAGUCGGCAUUUACAAUGACGCUGUGUUGGCAGCUUUCAUUGCCCCUCCGAACCCUAACGCCCGGUACGAUGACCCAGGCUAUGUCCAGCCUGCGACCGAUGAAUUUGGGGCCAUGACGGAUAUUGAGGUGGAUGGCCGGCGUGGAUUUGUGUUUCACGAAGUUUGCUGGUCACUGUUGGAGAAAGCGUAUCACUUGGCACAAAUUGUUCCCAUCCAUAGGGUGUGGGAGGUCUGCAAUUCGAUUCCGCUCUCUAUGGCCGGAGACAGCUUGAACUGGGGUCAUGACUACGGGGGACUAGCCAUUCAAAGGGAUAACUUCUUCCCGUGGGAGCCGCGUUUUGCUAAUCGCCACUUUCCGCAUGGGCAAAGAUACCCUCCCAUCUACGAUGUGGACCCUCGCGCACCCUACGAACUCGAUGACAUUUUGGCUGAACACCCUCAACACCCUCCCAGGGUCUCACCGUCACUUUUUCUCGGCUCGCAACCUAAUACCUCAUCCAACGAGGACCCAUUCAUCUCACUUCCGGCUGAGCUAUGCUCGCUCAUCGCCCGUUAUCUACCGACAGCAGAUGCAUUGAACCUCCGGCUUGCCUCGAGACGUUUCUGGCACAUCUACGACAGCCAACAGUUCUGGGUAUCCCGCUUUAAAGGAAACUCGGACAGGUCCUGGCUGUCUGAGGUUCAUGCCCAUGAUGCGCGCCCGAAGCGUACGUCUCCUCCGGAUUGGCGCUGGCUAUACCGUUGUACGACUAAUGCCCACCGCAUGCCCGGGCUCCAAAACCGGAAACGAAUCUGGUCCCUUAUUCAGGGCAUCAUCCCUCUCCUGGCGUUACGCUGGAACGAAGUUCCUUGCCCCUUGCCCACUCCUUGGCAGCGGCCGUCUGAAACGACCGACAAGGAGGAGGCCCAGGAUCCGUCGUGGGCAUUUGUCGGCGGGUUCAUAUCCCAUGAGUCUAAUGAGUUCUGCCAGUUGGGAAAGGCUGGCCGCCGGCUCCACAGCGAGCGAGUGGUUGUCCCUGCGGGCAUCUCACAUGUCGCUGUCUCCACAGUGCACCUCACGGACUGGGGUUAUAUUGCAGGCAUAUCACUGACUUCGAUGACGGGAGCUGUGUUACGGCUGGGGUAUGGUGAUUUCGACGCGCAGUCAUCUGCUGAACUUCCGAACAAGCUGGCGGGGUUCAAUGUGGCAGUGGGUGUGGACGGGAUCCAUGGUCUCCAAUGCGUGGACACAAAGUUAGGAUCGGUCUCAAAGUGGCUUGGAUGUACACACGAUGUACCCAAGACGGAGCGAUUAGCUGUGGGAACUCCCAUCGCGGAAUUAGAGCUCGGGUUUGAUGUGUGUGAGCCCUUCAAGGUUUCUACUCCAAGCCUUUCCCGCCCCAUCUCUGUACGGUUGGGGCUUUCGACCACUGUUUUGUCCCGUUUUGGCGGACCGGGAGGGAUUUACUUACAGCAUUUGACGAAACUGACCGUGCGCGGGGGCGGCUUGCAACGUAUCGAGUUCAGUUUUAACAUUGACGUCCCCGUUGAAUGCUGGAGUUUUGGGCGCUGGGAGAAUACCGAGUUUACAGAGUUUGUUGAUUUUAACAUUGACGGGGCCGGGGGAGAAUUGAUAGACAGGGUGGAAAUUGGUCAGGUGUACGAGGACAGAGGUCCAAAUUGGUGCCGAGAAGCUGGAGAUUUGGGUUGGAUUCAUACGAACAGGGGCAGAACGUGUGAAACCGGUAGAAAACAACGAUCUCGAAAGAGCGUGAUCAAGGAAAGGGUGGUCAUUGCUGGACCUGGGAGAGUGGUCACUGGCUUUUAUGGCGCUCAGUACCGGAACCUUGCUAUACCCAUCACAGUCCUGGGUGUAAUAACUGAAGCAUCCAGCCUCUCGGCACAAUAA